AUGGAGACUCUGGCGGCGACCGCCAACUACACCGCGCCGCAUGCGCAGACGUCGCAUCUCCGGGAAUCGCGCAGUCGCAAUCUCCCCGCAGUCAACCACCAUAAUAAGAAUGCGACGCGUCCAUUCGGCGACGUGCAACCCGUCCUGUCCGCUCCCGCUUCCCAGGAAUCGUUCGUGAGCGUGCAGAGUGCCGGCAGCAGCGUCGCCCUGCCCAAGUUGCAGGCUAGCGACAGCAAUCUGUCGCAACUGACCAGCUACACCGAUACCGACCCGACGUCGCCGUCAUCCUCUGCCGCAUCCAAGCUCGCUCAAGAUGCAGCCCAUACAUCCACCACCCAAUCGCAAAUACCACGUCAAAGAACCCCAGAACAUGCAGUGCGAAUGCCCUACCCCAACGGCGACAACGCUCUGACCAGUCCCAUGAGCAUCACCUCUCCGGCAACGACGAACGGGGCAAAGAGGACCGCCAGCGGCCAUGUCAAGAACACACCUAGUCUCUCAAAUACACCAUACACGUCCCAUCUUCCCGGCCGAGACUCGCGCCGCGACUCGAUUUCCUCCUCAGGCAGCAGAGCUGGCGAGCUUGCGGCGACCCUCAAGACACGCCUUGGAUAUGCCAUGGCCAAAGUUCAGCACGGAUGGGAGCACAAGACACUACCGGAAGUCGAACAACUUGCUGCGCAGAGAGCUCGAAGUAACCGACACAGCAUGUCGCAUCUUGACCAGCACCGCCCUGGCACUAGCGGGCUCAGCAUCGAGACCGCGAGAAUGUCCAUGUACGAGAACGAUCUACAUCGCGAACGACUAGAUGCCGUCGGACCUCCACCUUCGAAGCGGCAUUCUGGUAACUAUGGUGGACUAGUCCAGUCCGCUUCUUAUUCACUGCAUUCUAAUGGCGCGGCUCCACGCCUUCAACCGCCGGCAGACAUCAGGUACGAUAGAAUGCAAGCCAUCUCCUAUGCCCCUCGUCACAGCCACUAUCAGGAGCAUUUCACCUUCUACGCCCCGUUCAAUGAUGUCGAUGCGCCCCUCACUGAACGGGGCAUAGACCUUUGA